AUGUCCGCACUCUCGCCAACCGGCCCCUCGCAGCCCACACAAGACCAGGCCUACCAGACGCCCGGCAACCCCGUCUCGGCUAACCCCACCGAGCAAGCGCAGCAAAGCUUCAACGCCACUGACAACAGCGCCACGGUCGACCAGCGCAUCCCCCGAAAGCAAGCCUCGGACGCAGCAGGCGACCGCAACGCAAAGUUCGAAGAGGGCGCCGGCGUGCACGGCGCGCCGGCCGGCGAAGAAGCAAAGGGCCUCUCCGAAGAGGACGUAGGCAGGCACAAGGAGCUGGAUGGCCAGCAGAUGGCAGCCCCCGGGGAGGGGCGGGUCGCGGCUGCCGUUGCGCGGGGCGGCAAGGGCAUGGGUGGGGGCGGGGCGGAGCCUGAUUUGGCCAGUGAUUUGGACAGGAAGAAGGCUGAGCAGGCCGAGGCGCGCGACGCUAUCAAGCAGGACAGGGCGGGAGGUGUUGCCGCAGGCGGUGCUGCUGGACAGACGGGCGGCCCUGCGAAUCCUGUCGAUCAGGGUGGCUACCCGAACGGCGGGCCUCUGAACUAG